AUUUUCUCCUCGACGGGAUCUCUCAAAGAUGACCUGAAGGACAGUCGCGAUAUAUACAAGGCUGCACAUUCAGCACUCGAGAGAUGCUACAAACUCGGGUUAAAAAAUAUACUAUUAGUCGUCGGACCCUUCAAGACCGCCCUAUCUGACUUCAACUGGGCUCGAGGUAUUUAUCCAAAAUUAACCGCGGCAAUGGGUGCCCUACACGCACUCUAUGUUCCACUACAAGUGCGUGAAGAAACAACGCUACAGAGGAAAUUUGAGAAGCUUGGUUUGUACGACUAUGAGAAGAAAUUGGUGGACGCGAUUGUUGGACUGGCCAAAGGUGAGGCCGUAUACCGUGACAUCGGUGACAGUGACCCCGAACGCAUGGCUGCACCGAAGAUACAAGAGUAUCUUGAAACCAAGAAAGAAGACUGGAGAAAGGCAGGCAUCACGAUGACGAUCGAGCAGGUUGACCCGAAGAAACACCCCCUGGCCUACGCAGUGACCCGUUGCGCUAAUGACUACGAACCACACAAAGGAAGGAUCGUCUAUCUGACGUACAAACCCGAAGGACCUAUUAAUGAAACAAUUCUUCUCGUUGGCAAGGGCAUUACCAUCGAUACUGGCGGUGCCGACCUCAAAGUUGACGGUAUCAUGUUGGGCAUGCAUAAUGACAAAAUGGGCGGUUCUAUGGUGGCUGGUUUCUUUGAAACGCUGUCGCACUUAAAGCCCAAAGGCAUGAUGGUACACGGAUACAUGGCUUUCGUACGCAACAGCAUUGGCAAAAACGCCUACCUGGCUGAUGAGAUCCUCAUCACACGUGGUGGAAAACGUGUGCGAGUCGGCGACACAGACGCAGAGGGUCGACUGGACAUGUCAGACAUGUUGUAUGAGGCUCGCGAGCAGGCUUUGAAAUCCAUCAAUCCACGUAUAUUCACCAUCGCUACCCUCACGGGAGCUGCCUCAAGAUCAUUUGGACCAUUCACUGUAAGAAUGCUGCAUAACAGACAGAUUUUGCAUUCUACUUAA